AUGCAUAGAGGAUAUGAAGCGUUGCUAGGAUGCCUCAUUGCUGGGGUGAUAAUUGGGGCCAUUGCUAUUUUCUGCCAUGUCAGGAGAAGAGCCAGCAAGUUUCAACCAUCAAGAAACGAUAUCGAGAUCGCGGUGGCAUCCCUUGAGUAUGAGGAGACUACCUGCAAGCCGAUGUCGAUCAAAGAAAUAUACACAGCAACUGAAAGCUUGAGUCCAUCAAACAUCAUUGGACAGGGCAUUGCAGGGAAGGUCUACAGAGGAGUGCUUGCAAAUGGCUGGCCUGUUGCAGUGAAGCACAUCGUUAAGAAUGAGCAUGCAGAAACCUUCCUAAGGGAAGUUAAAAGCCUCUCACAUGUCAGGCACCCGAAUCUUGUGUCAUUAAGAGGUUACUGUGACGGACAGGAGGAGUGUUUUCUUGUGUAUGAGCUGUGCAUCAACGGUAACCUAUCAGAAUGGCUAUUUGGAAAAGAUAAGAACCUUUCAUGGAUUCAGAGGCUUCAGAUAGCACUUGGAAGUGCUUGUGGCCUUUGGUUCCUGCACAUAUAUCCUGAAGGCUGCAUCGUUCACCGUGACAUCAAGCCAACCAAUAUACUUCUUGGGGUUGAUAUGGAACCCAAGCUGUCGGAUUUUGGACUCUCAAGGGUCAUGGACUUAGGUGUGUCGCAUGUAAGCUCUGAAGUCAGAGGAACGUUUGGCUAUGUUGAUCCAGAAUACCGCCACAACCACAGGGUGAAUGCUGCAGGGGAUGUGUACAGCUUCGGCAUGGUGCUCCUGCAACUCCUGUCAGGAAAACGAGCAAUCAACAUCAUGAAUACUGCUAUGCCAAUGUCACUGGACAAAAUGGCUUCUACACUUAUCCAAGAUGGCAAUGUAUCGGAGUUUGCUGAUCCUAGGUUGAAUGGAGAGUAUUCAACGGAGGCAUUUGAUCUCAGUUUGAAGCUUGCUCUGUUAUGCACUGGCCACAAGAAGCAACGGCCAUCCAUGGAGCAAGUUGUAUCAAGGCUUGAGAAGGCUCUUGAGAUCUCCAUGAGAGAUGAUGCAAAGCGCAACAACAUUAGCAUUGUCGAAUCCCUUGCAUAG